GCAGACCACGCACCACGGCCACGUCCGCGCAGGAUGCUGUUCUCCGCCGGCCGCUGCCCCCGCCCACACACUCGCCAUGGCCAGGGACUCGCGGGGCGCUCUGCCUGCCACGCUGCACGAGCUGCAUGCCACGGCCUCGCGCUCCGAGACGCUGACGACGUUUGACGACCUCACUGCCCCGCCGGCCCUCUCCAGCGCGAGCGAGCCCAAGACCAUCGAGCUGGUCCAGGGCGGCCUGAGCGGCCUGUACAACCGCCUCAAGGCCUCGGUGGGCGGCAGCAGGGAGCCACACGAUGGGGGGACUCCCGUGUCCUCGCCCGUCGCUGCCUCGUUCUUCGAUGCGCGCUCCCCACCCUCGCGAGACUCGAACAUGUCGAGCGCCACGGCCUCGAGCCGGCUCUCGCUGAGCGGGCCCAGGUCGUCUGUCGCUGCCACUGCCACGCGCGCCCGCCCGUCCAUGACGCUGGGCAACGAGCCUGGCAACCCGCUGGGGCAGGACGACAUGUUUGCCCAGAGCCCGGUCAGUAUGCACGCAAAGGGCCAGAGCGGCUCCAACUUUGACCUGUCCAAGAGCGGUUCUGUGAAAGAUGCCAUGUCCAGCCCCCACACCCAGUCCUCGCCACGCUUCGCACCCGGUCGGGGAGACGCAUUCCGACAUCGCACAGGUGACAGGGACCUCGCGGAGGCAGGAAGUGACACUGAGGAGGACAUGGUGGUGGUGGGGGACGAGGGACUCUCGGGCAGCAGUGCUAGAUUCAAAUUCCCGACGGACGCGACUCGUGACUCUUUGACUAAAGUCAACUCUCGGACGGACAGCCAGGGCCAGCCCGCCCGAUCGGCGCUCAAAAAGGCGAGAGAGUAUACUGAUCAUGCCUCUGAGAGCGUCCAAGUCUCUCAUGUCACAGCCACCGCCCGCACCCCUGUGCUUGCGCCCGAGCCACAGCGCCCGCCGUUGUUGCAAGUCGGCCCUUCCCAUCUGCCAGGUUACCUGACUUCACGAGCCUCGUCAUCUGACGGCUUGAGCUCUGUCGUUACAACGUCCACUGCGCGUGCUCCCACCGUCCCGCCCAUUGAGGAAAUCCAGCGUCAGGUAUACAAAAAUCCCGCUGCAAGUAACAUGCCCAAGGACGCCUUCUCGCAGAUGCGCAGGAAGAUUCUGGAUCGCGAGUUCUGGAUGAGGGACGAGAAUGCAAAGGAUUGUUUCAACUGCGGUGAUGCCUUUACUACUUUCAGGCGCAAGCACCACUGCCGCACCUGUGGGCAAAUUUUUGACUCAAAAUGCACGUCCAUUGUCUCUGGAAAGAUUUUUGGCCAGCCCGGCAACCUGAGGGUUUGCAAGCCAUGCGAAGGCAUCAUAUAUGGCCAUGACGACGACUCAUCCGAAUACACAGAUGACGCUGAUCAAGCAUCAAUCUACGAUCACAGUGAGGCAAGCAGAAGAUAUGAUGAUGAAGACACCGAGCCCAUGGGAAACGACCUUGGCAAGAUAGGAACUCCUACUAUUAGCAUACCCAUGUCGCGAAAAAGUGGCAGCGAAAAGAAGCGUCGAUCCCACGUUAUCGAAGUCGGCACCCAAUCCCUCGCCAGACCAAGUUCCUCCCGAUCCCUACGAUCGCUCAGUGGUAGGCCACGCUCAUCAAGCCAUAAGCGACAUCAUUCUACUAAACACCCACACAUGCGCCAUGUCAGACGUGACGAUCGCGCACCAUUCCACCAACACUUUGACAACUCGCGCAACCAACAAAAUCUGUCUGCUUUUCACCUUGACAACAUUAUCGAUCCGGAUCUGGCGCCGUUCAUGUCAGACGAAGGCUCGAGUGAAGACGAGCAUGCAAGUAUCUUUGCGACAUUGAGAGGAGACGCUUCCACUAGUGGAGUCUUGGACGGUGAAAAGAGCGGUCUCGGCGGCAUCUUGUCUGCAAUGAGGAAAGGCAAAUCAAGGGUUGGAGAGAAGAACAGCGGCCAUGCCCGAGAGGCAGACAAUGUCAGCAUCACGAGUCGACACGCAAUCCGGCCAUCGCGGAGACGGAAUCUGAGUGUUAGUAGCAUCACACAUAGACCUUCGCCAAGACGGUCCAAGAGUAUCACCCUCUUAAGACCCUUCACUUCUGAUUUUGGUCCAGGUGGACCAAUGACACAGCCUGGAACUCCACAGCAACAAUUAUCUCCAUCUCCUACACCACCUGGCAUGAAAUCCACUCGCAGUGCGUCAAUACAAGGGCCCAUCACUCCCAAGGUCGAACUCAACAAAGCCAGUCUUGACCACGCACGUAAACUCUUGCGACAGAUGCUGCGCGAUGUCGGUAUCGUUCACGUAUCCAGCUGGGAGAAGGCCCUUAUCCCAAUUCUGCAACAAUGCACGGAUGAUGUGAACCCAGACGUGGACAGAGGCGACGACAUAGAUGUUCGAAACUACAUCAAACUCAAGAAGAUCCCCGGUGGAAGACCUCGUGAUACAGCGUAUAUCUCAGGCGUAGUUUUCACCAAAAAUGUUGCUCUACGGAGCAUGCCACGCAACAUACCAAAUCCGAGGAUCAUCAUCAUCAGUUUUGCAAUUGAAUAUGCACGUCAUCAGGCCCACUUCAUGAGCUUGGAACCAGUCAUUGCCCAAGAGAGGGAGUAUCUCCGUAAUCUGGUCAGUCGAAUUGCAGCCCUUAGGCCUCACGUUUUGCUUGUGCAGCGCAAUGUCUCCGGUCUUGCUCUCGAAUUCUUGGAGCAGGAAGGUAUUGCUGUCGUUUACAAUGUCAAGCCUACCGUACUCAACGCUGUCGCAAGAUGUACACAGUUACGGAUGAUCUCGUCCGUCGACAAACUUGCCAUUGAUCCAUCAUAUAUUGGUCAGUGCGGCAGUUUCGACGUGAAAACCUACGUGCACAAGAGUAUCAGAAAGACCUAUAUCUACCUCUCUAGAUGUCAAAAAGACCUUGGAUGCACCAUUGUCCUACGUGGCGCUGAGAAACAGGACCUUGUUCGACUGAAACGCGUCACUGAGUUCAUGACAUAUGUCGUGUACAAUCUUCGACUCGAGACCUGUCUCAUGCGGGAUGAGUUUGUCGACACUCCUACUACUUCCAUCAUUGGCACUCAGGCUCCCAGCCAAGGCGUGAAGGACCGACGGGCGAGUUCUGACAUGGAAACAACCAACCAGCCCUCGGUCGCUGUUGAUCCUGAGACUGAUAAUAUACUUCAACCCAGUCAUGAGCUGCCCUCCGAUGAUGCUGCACCUUCUUACUACAGUGAUAUAGCGGAAAAUCAUCGUACAAAAAUCCUCUCGUCAUCGCCGUUUGUCAAGUUUAUGCAACCCUAUCUGCUUGAGCAAGCUCGCCAAUACGAAAGGAAGCUUAGCCAACUCAACCGACUGAGGAGUCAGUAUACUACCAUUGACGAGGAAAAGGCUGGAGAACUCGGACAAAAGUUCGAACUUGUCCAACCAGAAAUGGUCCACACAGUUGUCGAGCAAGCGUCAAAACAAGUGAGAGAGUUCCUGUCCGCAGUGCAUGCAUCAGAGUAUGACAAAGCGCUACACAACUACGAAACACAAAAGCGACAAUGGGAAGCAUAUCUAUCUGGAAAUACGGAUCUAUACAACCCAUUCAAUCAUCAGAAGAUUGCCGUUUUGUACAGUGUUGUGAACACGACCACAUCCACGCCCUGCGUCGGACCUGAAAUCAUUGCGCUUGGUUUCUACCAAGAGCAUGACUAUGAUGAUGGUUUUACGCCUGACUGCACAUUGGGUCAAUACGUGGAAGAUCUUUGCACCUCGGCGGGCGUCAUAUGCGAAGUCGAUGGUUGCAACCGUCGCAUGCUGGACCACUCUCGGCAGUACGUGCACGGCGAGGGACAGAUGAGUGUCAUCGUCCAAAAACAUCCACCAAAGCUGAAAGGAUUGCAUCAAACCAUCCUGAUGUGGAGCCGCUGCAGAGUAUGCGGGCAAGAAACUCAAGUUUUCCCAAUGUCAGAGUGGACAUGGAAAUACUCUUUCGCGAAAUAUCUCGAGUUGACUUUCUGGAGUACUCAGCUGCAUCCUCGAGCAAACGUAUGUCCCCACGACAUCCACAAAGACCACGUUCGAUAUUUCGAGUUCAACAACUUUGCUCUGCGUAUUCAGUAUGAUGCCGUUCCGAUGUAUGAGGUUAUCGUGCCUCGACCGAACGUGACAUGGAAAGUGGACAGCGAUUUAAUAUUGAAGAAUGAGCAGUUCCUGAAAAUUGAGGAAAGAUUGGAUUGCUUCAUGGUUUCAGUCCGUGCUCGAAUCCAGAGCAUUCAUGUGGAGAGCGUCAUUCCAGAAAAGGUCGAGGCUUGCAGAAAGGAAGUCGAUCGCCUUAUGAAGCGCGCAAAUGAAGAGCAUGAGUGGCUGAGACACAAGCUUCAAAAUAAGUACAUGAACACGAAGUACUACGAGAUCGUCCCACUGAAUCGCGCAAUUCGCGCCAUUCAAGAAAAGGCCAUCGCUUGGGACGAGACGUUCAUGGACUUUGAACAGCAGUUCUUCCCGUCCGAGAAAGAUAUCAGGAGACUUGCAACUCUGCAACUCAAAAAACUCUUCCUCGAGCGAGACGAGUCAACUACGUCGUUGACAUCAGUUGACGAGGGUACAGAGUCCGGGGGAGAAGAACCAACUGCUGGUGAAGCGAGCGAGUCUGUCACACUGAACCCGAUGCCCUCCAACAUGUCUGCAGAGAGGGCGCGUGACAUGUUGACCUCUGUCGUCAAGGAGGACCAUUCAAAUGGCAAUGAGCCAGCGGAUAGAGGUACUGGUGUACCCGAUAGCCCGACUCCUACUUCACCUAAGGUAUUGUCAGGCUUACCUAUUCAAACAUCUCGUGAAGCUCUAGAGCGCGACGAUGUACGCCAUCUGGACCUUGCAGUGUCCACCGAGCUAUCCAGGAAUGCGAUUGAAGAUGAGCAAGCCCUCAAGACACCUAGGCACAUCACUGAUAUCAACCCCUUUGAUCUUGACUCACCUACACCGACAAAUUUUCCAAAGGUCGACCCAAUCGACAAGUCUCUUGCCGACGCGAUUGACAACAUGCCUCACUCCUCGACUCCCACAUCCACGCCGAAUAUGGAGAGUCGGAUUCCCCGCUUGGUGGACAUUACUCUCCACGAGAACCCAACUAGACCUGCUACAUUGGCCAGAACGCAGUCUCAACCAGGGAGUGGUCCGAAAUACGCACCCCUUUCGUUCGGCCCUGCAACGCCGAACAGCGGAUUCGAAGCGCCUAAGCAAAGUCCGAGUGAUUCUGCGAAAGCAUUGGAGCGUAUGAGCGAGCGACUAGGACUGGGACCCUUCAAGCCGACCAAGUCGAGUUCUAGAAUCCCUCGCUCGAUCCCUUACAAGAACCCUAACAAGGUGUCCAAGUUGGCAGAGCAUUUCGAGCAGCUUUCUCGGGAGUUCCAGAAAGAGCGCAUGCGCGAGCGAAGGAACGAUCGCAACAGGCAGACACGCGCGUACCCGCUUGCAUCGUCAAAGCCUAUUGUAGAGGUUUACAAGGAUGUGCAUGAAGCCGUCCAAGAACACGAUGCGUUGUAUGAAGACCUGCAGUCUAGCUCCCUUCCCCGUACGAGCUUGGACGACAGCAUGCUUGGUGACAGUAGCAUGAUGCCGGAGUCUCAGUCAACAUUUGGAGAACACCUUCUUGGAAACACAUUGGAUCACUAUGUCGAAAGCGGAGAGCCACCCAAAACACCGACCCAUCCCCCAUCUGAUGCCGAGACCGAGUCCAGCGAUGUCGAUGUCGCGCCUGAGGACAUUCCCUUGCCAGACAGCAUUACCAGUUCCCAGCUUCUCAAUAUGAGUGAUUCUCAGCUCGAUAGCUCCUUGGAGAUCCCCAGACACGAAAAGACAACCCUCUUGAAGAUGCUGACUAACUUUUGGUCUGAGCGCUCUUCUAGUGGAUGGGCGCCGCUCGACUACCCCUUUGCGCAGAUCGAGCACGUCUGGGAGGACUCGGAUAUCAUUGUUCGCGAAGACGAACCCAGCUCUAUCAUCGCUUUAGCGCUCUCCAGCCCUGAUUACGUCGCCAAACUGCAAUCGUUCCGGGACGAUCCUUAUGCGGCUGAGAAGGGUGGCGAAGGUCUGGAGAGUCUUGAAGGGUCGAUCGAAAGAAAUCUACUGCAUGAGAAGAACACGAACAUCCGCUACGGCUUCACGAAUCGCGGGGUGAAAGCGCAGUGCAAGAUCUUCUAUGCGCAGUCGUUUGACGCCCUCCGCCGGAAAUGCGGCGUGGCAGACCGCUUUGUCGAGUCUCUCUCGCGCUGUUCCAAAUGGGACUCCAAGGGCGGAAAGUCAAAGUCCAUCUUCCUGAAAACACUUGACGAUCGCUUCAUCCUCAAGUCCCUAUCGCCUAUCGAGGUCCAGGCUUUCUUCCGCUUCGCGCCCAACUACUUUGCCUUCACGCACCAAAACCUGUUCCGCCAGCUACCCAGCGUGAUAGCCAAGAUGUUCGGCCUUUUCCAAGUGCAGAUCAAGACACCUACAGGCCGCGACUUCGACUGGUUCAUGCUGGUGAUGGAAAACCUGUUCUACGACCGCGAGCCCAACCGGCGCUACGACCUCAAAGGAUCCAUGCGAAACCGCAAGAUCCAAUCCACAGGCGAGCGCGACGAAGUCCUCCUCGACGAAAACCUCGUCGACAUCAUCUACUCCGAGACGCCCAUCUUCGUGCGCGAACACACCAAGAAACUGCUCAAAGCCAGCGUGUGGAACGACACGCUCUUCCUCUCGCAGAACAACGUCAUGGACUACUCGCUCAUGGCGGGCUUCGACGAUACGAACCGCGAGAUCGUCGUCGGCAUCAUCGACUGUAUUCGCACGUAUACGUGGGACAAGAAACUCGAGUCGUGGAUCAAGGAUCGUGGGAAGAAUAAACCGACCAUCACGUCCCCCAAGGAUUAUCGCAAUCGCUUUCGUAUCGCUAUGGAGAAGUAUAUCCUCCAGGCCCCGAAUUGCUGGCAUCAGUUCUCCGGCCGCGUUGUGGGCGCUGCGGCGGAGCGGAGGAGGCAGCUUGUGUUGGAGGGUGGGGGCGCGGAGGUUGCGGCGCAGGAGGGGCAUCGCAGGAUGGUGAGUGGGAGUAGUGCUGGGGGUGCGGGGGUUGCGAGGAGCGUGGACAGGAGGUUGAUCUUGGAGGAGAAGGCGUAGAGGACGGUGAGUGAGGGGACUUUUUCAGCAUAGCAUAGCGUGGUGUUUGGAGUGGAUUGGGCAUUGGCGUGUACUUCAUAGGCAUAUGGGUAUUUGAACGAUUUGGGUAUUCUUUUUCUAUAUUCACUGUAUGUUGUAGUUGUGUGCAGCAAGUGAAAUGCGUGGUCUGACUGGUUUGUUGGAGGGUGCACUCAGUGGCUGGCUGAUACCAGUGGAGAAUGGCGUAUGCUUCUGAGGGGGAGACCACAGUACAUGAAUCAGAGAGAGAG